AUCACUGAGAGCCGAUAUGUAUUAAUGAGAAAAUCUCUCAUUGUUUAUCUGAUAAUUUUAGUGUUUGCCAAGUAUAAAGUGAUGUAGGUUGAAAAUUGACAUUGUUUCGUAACCAUGGCUCAAGCAAGAGCCGCGUUGUUGUUCUCAGUAGUGCAUAUGUUGGGCUGUGAAGGUGCCGCGACUGGUAAAGAAGAGAUCCUACCUCCUGCGACCAACGACCGGCCUAUAGUUGGGAUCCUGUCACAAGAACAAUCAUUUUAUCUUCAUUCUAAAUACCCUGAAGAGAAUUACACUAGUUAUAUAGCUGCCAGCUAUGUGAAAGACGUCGAAGCAUCCGGCGCUCGAGUCGUGCCUAUUUUGAUAGGCAAACCCCGUUCGUAUUACGAAGAGCUUCUGAAGAAAUUAAAUGGGGUCCUACUUCCUGGUGGAGCGACAUACUUCAACCAGUCCAAUGGAUACGCUGAUGCUGGUCAGUACAUCUAUGAGAUUGCAAUGAAAAUGAAUGAUGCAGGCGAUUACUUUCCAAUUUUCGGAACUUGCCUCGGCUUUGAACUGCUCAUCAUUUUGGCAUCCGGUCGUGGCGAACCUGAGAAUAGAAUACGGUGUUACUCAUACUCUAAUAUGCCGCUCGACUUCACACCAGAUUUCAGAAACAGCAAAAUGUUUGCGGAAGCGCCUGACGAACUAGUGGAUAUUUUGGCAAACGAAGAAGUAACAGUAAACGCACAUCAGUUUUGUAUAGUAGACAAGAAUCUCAAUGCAUUUAAUUUGACAAAAGACUGGCAGGUGACUUCGUAUUCUGAUGAUGAUUUCGAUGUGCAGUUUAUAGCUACUAUCGAACACACGAGAUACCCAUUCUAUGGAGUGCAAUUUCAUCCGGAGAAGAAUUCUUUUGAAUGGAAGUUGUCAAAGAAGUAUCCUCAUUCAUAUAGUGCGAUUAAAGCGAACAGAUACUUUAUGGACUUCUUUGUGAAUGAAUGCAGGAGAAAUGUCCAUACGUUCGCGAAUGCGGCUGAAGAAAAUAAAUACGCAAUAUACAACUAUGAAGCUAAAUUUACGGGCGUAUUGGGAAGUCAACACCACGAAUGUUACUUCUUUGAACCGAGAGGACUUAAGAAUUGAUUGAUGAUAGAUGACAGAAAUAAAUCAAUGAUAGAUUAAGUGAGACUGUAAUAAUACAUUAUGAUACAAGUGUGGUAAGUUGAGAAUUACAACCGAGGCGAUAUGCCAAGCUAAGAAGCCAGAGGCUGUAAUUAUCAAACCGCACGUAUGUCAUACGACGUUUUAUAACACAUUUGCGAGGAAAUAACACUAUCUACGUACGAACUUUCUGAAAAUGAAUUUGCACCUUUGUUUGUUUUCCAUAAGAUGAAAUUUUGAUACGCUUGACUGUAAGUAGCCGUAGCGUAGCCUUGUUUGACUACUGGCGGUGUCAAAUUAAUAAAUUCGUAACUACUUGACAAUAUUUUCAAAUAAAAACAAUACAGCGAAAAGAAAAAAAAACUUUUUCAUGGAUUAGCAAUGCGCGCGCAUCAACGCUUUUUUGAGGCAAAGGAAUAAAAACCAGCAAGUUUUACUAAUAAAAUAAAUUAAUAUUUUUGUGAAUUUGUUACCGAUACAUUGUUGUAAUUUAUUGUCAAAAUGAAUCAAAUUAAAGAAUUAAAUGUUUAUAUAUUAUAUCUCCCAAAGUGAAUUGUAUUAAGAAAAUAUUGACUACCUUUCUGACAUAAAAACUCUUUGCUAAGAUUUAAAAAAGUAUCGUUCGUUUUCAGACGGAACAUAAUAAGCCGUGCAUUUUACUUUACAUUACCGCACGCGUGUGUAAUGUGAUAGAUUAUGAUAUUGAAAUUGGUGCAAUAAGAGACGCUUUACGAGCAAAUGUGUUAUAAAUAAAGUUUAUUGUUUUAUUAUUUGUCUUAUUUCCCGUUUUCUCUUCAGGUUAUGGUGCAAAAUAUUAACAGGUCUUUUUUACAUAAAGAUACAGUGGCAACAAAAAACAUGAUACUUACAGAUAAUGAUUUUGAAAUUCAUGGUCACUAACAUUAUAGUUAUUAACGGGAUUGUUACCAUGUACCUUGUAUAUUAUGAGUUUCCGAUAUUUCGGCACUGUUGAAAGCGCCAUGAUCACGGAGGCGCUUGCACCAUAUGUAGUAUAUAACAUAAUAGCUAUAAUAAUCGACGGCCUCCGUGGCCGAGUGGUUUGUACGCCGGAUUUCAUGGUGUCGCCGACUCGAGAGAUCCCGGGUUCGAAUCCCGGUGGGGGCAGAUGUUUGUGUGAUGAAUACGAGCAUUUAUACUCCAGUCAUGGAUGUUUAAUAUAUAUUUCUAUAUAAAUAUACUUAUAUAUGUACAGUAUUUGUAUUCUAUCCGUUACCCUAGUAUACCAUAAUAACACAAGCCUUACUGUGCUUACUUUGGGGCUAGGCUAAUUGGUGUGAGUGUUGGAAAUAUUUAUUUAUUUAAUAAUAGCUAUAAUGAUUUGAAACUUCAACAGAGUUGACUAAAUUAGUGGUGAUGAGGCUUCAUAGUGCGUUACUUAUUAAAUUAUUAGACGUAAAAAAUACUGCUAUUUCGUAUAUAUACCGAGUAACUGCGGGUUACUUUGACCUAAAAUGUGCACUUUUUUUUUCAAAUAAAAUUGUAGUUUCUCUUUGUGAUGAAUAUGUCACGUUUAUAUCUUUCCAUUGUGAACUUUAAAGUAUAAGUUACAAAGUUAUCAUACGAAAAUAGGAAAAAAUAAUAUUUAAGGGUUCAUAUAUAUUUUUUUAAUUUUGGGCCAAAGUUGGCCUUAAAGAGGGUUUACUUUAGCUCGUUGAGUUUUCUCUGUGAAAAAAACUAAUUUUAAGGCAUGUUGGGGUUAAGUAACCCUUAUAACAGAUCACCAUUAGCAUACUAAAUACACAAAUGGAUGUUUUUACCCAAAAAUAAUUAAGUUAAAGCAAAAAUUGUAAACUUACCGAAAACCACAGUUUUGAGAAAGUUUGAGCAUGAACUUGCGAACUAUUUCAGUUACAAAAAAUCCCGCGUUACAAUGACAACUUGAUACAGGAAUGAUGUCGGUAAAACAACACCACACUACGAGCCUAUAUGGCUAUCUGUGAUUUUCAACUGGAACUAUUACGGUCACCCAAGAGAUACUGAUGGGGCGGCAGGUUCAAUAUCUUUUCUGAUAUGGGACAAAGUUACCCGCCCGAGCUAAAGUAACCCUUACUUACGGUAUUUGGUAUAUAAAUGUUAAAUAUAUAUAUAUAUAUAUAUA